AUGGUAACGCCUGAGAAGGAGCAGGGUUGUGGCCAUGUGUCGGCAAACUCACUCCCUCCUGCAAACGCAGGAUCUGCAUCGUCGGCAGAACUAACCGUGCGGGCGCGAAACGGCGGCCAGACCACGCUGCCAUGCCCUCUGGAGACAGCGGCUGGCGCGUCCAAGCCGGCCAGCCUGGACGUUCCGCCCGCGGUGUCUGAACUGCGGUGGACGCGGCUCGAGGACGCGGCCGCCCGGCGAACCGUGUACGUGGUGGACGGCGCCGAGGGCGGCGUCUGGCAGGGCGAGCACGUGGUGCGCCCCGACUGGCAGAGCCGCUCCUACUUCUCCGUCCACAGCGACCCGGCGCUGCUCAAGAUCGGCCGCGUGGCGCUCGCCGACAGCGGCACCUUCGUCUGCAGCGUCACGUUUGCCAACGGCCGCCGGGUCAACCACACUGUUCACCUGAGGGUAAUCGAGCCCCCGACUGCCCCCGUGAUCCGAGACGGGAGCGGCAUUGUACUUCACGGUGUCACCAAGCCGUAUGAUGAAGGCAUCAGCUUGGCUAUCGUCUGCGAGGUGCGCGGAGGAGAGCCGCCACCGAAGCUUGUUUGGUCCGGGAGCGGCUAUCACCGCUUGCAGGCGAAAGAGCAAAACAUCCGCCAAGGAAACGUCACGCGAAGCUCUCUUCGUAUUGAGUCGUUGGGAAGAGAGUUCCUCCUCGACACCUUUGUCUGCGCUGUGCAAGAGAAUCCAGAAGCUAUGAACAGCUCUUUCACGGUUGACAUGAAUCUGCGACCGCUGUCGGCGCGUCUGUGGAGCGUGCAGAACGCGUCGCGAGCCGAGCUUCCGGCCGAGCUCCACUGCCGCGCCCUGGGCUCCCGGCCGGCGGCACAGCUGAGCUGGUGGCUGGACGAGGUGCGCGUCGAGCCCUUCUUCCACGAGGAGUCGGACAGCGGCAACGACAGCUUCAGCGUGCUGCUGCUCACGCCCACGGCCGGCGACGACGGAAGGACCGUGCGCUGCGUGGCCGCCAAUCCGCGCUGGCCGGAGGACGCCCUCGAGGCCACCUGGACGCUCGACGUCCAAUACGCCCCCAACGUGACGCUGCGACUGGGCCGUGGUCUGUCCGAGCCGAUGAUCCUGGAAGGGCGCGACGUGUACCUGGAGUGCGCGACGUCGGCCAACCCCGCCGUGGACGUAUUCCAAUGGUUCCACCGCGGCGUUCCUUUGGAGCCCGGAGGCAACGCCACCGCUGCGGUCUCCGCUGGGCAGCAGUCGUCUCUCCUGGUGACCGGGCCCUACCUCAUCAUGCGGCGUGUGCGACCUUCUCAAGCAGGCAGUUACGCAUGCGAGGCGUCAAACCCGCUGGCCAGCGUGCGUAGCAACACCGUUCAGCUCACCGUUCUUUACUCGCCGCGGUGCGAGCGCAUCUGGUCCUCGACGCCGGACGGCGGCAACGAGACGCUGGUCCACUGCCGGGUCCGUGCGCAGCCCGCCGACCGGCUGAGCUUCACGUGGAGCGUGCGCGACGCUGCGGGCGAGCGGCCCGUGGCGCAGCGCGGCGCCCUGGCCUCGGCAAACGGCUCGCUGAGCGUGCUCAGGAUACCCCACCACCGCAGCUUGGCCUCGGACGGCGCGGCCGUGACGCUCUACUGCCGGGCCCGCAACGCAGUCGGCCCGCAGAGCAGCCCCUGUGUCCUGGCGGUCGACACGGUGGAGAAGCCCAGCCAGCUUCGAGACUGCAGCGUGAGCAACCAGUCGGACGAGCGGCUGCUGGUGUCGUGUCGGCAACCCGAACAGCGCAGGCCGGGGCAGCGGUUCGUGCUCGAAGUUCACGGUUCCGCGACUGCGCAGCAGCAGCAGCCGCUGGCAAACCUGUCGAGCGACCAGCCCGUCUUCUGGAUCCAGAGCCUGGAGCCCGGCGCCGCGUGCCGACUCGUGCUGUACGCGGUCGGCACCAGUGGCGCCCGGGGACCCGCCGUGCGGCUGUCGCUUCACGCGGACCCGUACACGGCGCCGCUGGCUGCCGCAGACAAGAAACGGAGUGGCGUCGCAUCAAAUAGCGUCGGACUCGUCCAAGUGGUUGUGCCGCUCAUUACAUUACUGCUCGCGGCAGGUCGGUGACGGUGGCGUUAAGUCAUGAAGACGAGGCAUGAAGUUAAGGCAUGAAGGCAGCGCGGGGAACUGUACCGAAGCAUUCAGCGCGCACUGCUGCCCUAAAGCACGGCGCCUGAAAGAGACACCACCCGUCACAGAAAGGAGCAACGUCAGCGCCGUGCACGUCCCCUCUAUACAAGCACUGCACGACACAGCGACUGGUGACCCGCGGAGACAAGCCUGCGAUGUCUCGGCCGUGUCCGGACACGUGGAACUUGUCGAUCUGCACCGACCUUCUCGUCAUUCUUCAGGGGUGCGACUUGCCGUGGGCGCGCAGUGGGCGCUGGAUGUGAAGUCGUGUGUCUUGCAUGUCUAGCUUGUCCUUCUUUGAGGCGUUGUUACUUCCUGUGACGUCACGUGUGGCCUGCAAUCAUCAGUUUCGGUUAUGAACUAUUGAUGUUAUUGUUCACGUGACGUGAUUUGCACAAUAUGAUUAUAACCAACGGUGACUUCACGCGUGUAUACCGCCAGUUAGGCGACACUGCGCCGACAGGUGGUGUCCGGUCUGUUGCGCGGAUGUUUGCUGUGAGUGACAGUGCGGUGUGAAUCGCACAGCGCACGUGUACGGGGAAUGCCGAAAAACACCGAGCAAGCGCGCGACUCCUCUUUCUCCUCCUCAUCUGCUGUUAUUCUUUUCCCCCAACUCUCCUCUUUCAUGGUGUACAUAGAUGGCGGAAGUCCUCUUGAGUGCUACUCUGUAGAUUCUGGAAUGCGUCCGUGAUCCGUUUCCCCAGCGUAAAACUUUGAAGGACAGCGGGACCCUCCGAAAGUGCAACGUCCGUAACCCUCUCGCCUUUGUUGUGAAAGGAAGCACAAGUUCACUUAUAUUCAUGUCGCGGUACCGCAGCACAUUGUUGUCAUUGACGCCGUCGAUAAAAUUGUUUACUGUAAAACGCGCCCACAACGCUAGUUAGAGCGAAAGGCGGAAGUCGAGGUCACGUUUUUAGAGCUCUCAGGGGGUUUCCAAUCUUGGUUGAACGGGACAUCGCCCCGAUGAACAUUCACGAAACACUGUGUCAGGCACAUCUUAAGCCCUUGUGCUCCAGAUUUCUGAUUGUAGACGUUUCUGCACCAUAAAUUCCAUGGAAUGAGGUACCACUGAAGUAAACAUAGCUCCUAGAGAGAUAUUCCGAGAGUAGAAGGCAAUGAAGUUAACCAGAAGAACGUCCGGUUGGUUACCCUGCACAAGUGAUAAGGGAGGAAGGAAUAGAAAUAAGAGAUAUAGAGAAAGAGAAGGUUUCCAGAACACACGCGCACACAAGGAAUAUACCAUUUGGUCAAAUGGCGUAUGAUAUAUAUAUAUAUAUAUAAUAGACAGCGUGAAAGGACCUUAUGAGCCUUUUGUGGCGCUGAACGAAGAGAGCCUUAUACGUGGUGUCUAAAACAUGGCGGCCAUGACGUGUUUACGGCUGCGCAGUAACUUUCGGUGCAUGCAGCCCACAAAAGCAAAGCCUUCGAGAUCUGUUUCUGUUACACUAAAGAGACGAUCAUCGCUGGGCCGUGUAUUUGAACACCACAUAUUUUAGGAUCUUGUCUUUACAUAAAGAAUGAUCGUCCAAGUGGGCAAAUACGUAAAAGACUGGUUGUCUCUGUUCAUCAAAGUGAUAACAGCCACAGAGCUUCUGAUUGGCAUAGCCUCGACGCAACCGCAGAUUGUGAACGCAGCAUUGCCAGUCAUUCCAACGAGAAGGGGCAGACUUUCGUAAACACAGCUUAUGAGUUGUGCUCUGGCCAUAGGGUUGACUGGAAGCGAGACGUACGUGAGGCUAAAGCGAAUUCGCGCUUACGUAUGAGGCAGUGGUAACUAACGUUAGCGUCAGUGAAUAGUGGCGAAGGCCGAGGCUCCCAAUAUUUGAAUCAAGUAGGAUGUAACGCAGGCACAGACAAUGUCUCGGAGGCUCGAGCGACAACAUACUGCUGCAGCGUUUCAAGCCAAUGGACAAGUGAAGAAACAUGCCUCAAUUCGGCAUUAUUGAAUUUGGGUGUUCGUUCACGUGAGUUUUCCUUAUUCUUCAAUGUAUGCUUUGCGCCUGCUGGCUUAGUACAUCUGCAGCAGCGCAUAAGAAUUUCAUUUCUUCGAGCACUGGUGGACGUGCAUUUUUGCUAACAAAUGUGUGCAAUGCUACUUAUUAGAGCAAGGCGUAGUGUUUCCGGUAGCAUUUGUUGAGAACGCAGUUUCACAGGUAAAAGUUUACGAAGGCGGGAAGAAAGUGCUAUAGAAAAGCUGCGCGAGACAAGAAAGAAGAGAGCCAAUCAAGAAAAAGAAAUAUAAAUGUAAAUUCACAACCAAUAAGCUCAUUAAAACAAAGUGGGCGCACAAUAGGAUCAGCCACUUCUUAAAUACGAAUCAACGAUUGCACGGUCCUUUCUAUAGUUCUUUCGUUGUAGUUCGUCACGCUGCUUUUUUCGCGACUUCCGAUAUGAUUUAAUACAUAUGAAAAAAAAAAGAAAAAGAAGAAAUAAGCUGAAAAAAACCUAAUGCUUUGUUUGCGCGUGCUUGUUCAUGCAAUCUGUAACAUCUACAGAGGGCUGUGGCGUUCUUGCGCAUUUGUUUGCUACCAACGGAUUGUCUGCGGACGUGCGAAAAUCGUUGGAAUUCUUCUAUGAGUACGAAUGAGGAAUAUGGGAGCGUAUUUAGUCUCCGAAGUAGCUACAACGACGAAAACGAAACGAAAACCUAUAGUUAGAGAAAUAUGGUGGUAUUUUACACUUUCCUUGCUAAUUUAGUGUCUCGACGCUUUCAUUUACCAAAUGAUAAUUCAAUUCGGGCCACGUCAUUUUUCUCACGAUUAAUAAAUUUUCACUACUUGUGUUAACUUCGUUGUGUAGCGACGUCACGAAACCGUUCUUUCACCCUUGUAUGUACUGAAAGUAAGGCUGCAAUUUCACGUUACAGGUUUGUUUCAGUUGUAUGCUGACGCACUCUCUCAUGCAAGCCAGCGCCAGUCGAUAGUGUUACUUUCCUGAUCACUCACGUAUAACUCAUGUCGAUAUUCGGACACAUGACGAGCAAACCGCUUGAAUGUGAUACUCGUGUGUGAUACUCGUUACUCUAAUGUUUGUGGAAAUGUGCCUUCCUUGAAUUCUACCAUGGAUCCGUAUUUGUCGCAGUUGAUGAUUAGCAAUGUACACAGAAAGGAGCUUAACCUAUUAGUUCGAUAGGUUACGCUCCCUGGUCGCUAAUAAUGGAAAGCAAAACGUCGAAGUAUAAUGCGUGUAUGAACAGCCUCACAUUUUUUUUUUUUUUUUUGCCGAAAGUUGUGUCAUGCGUGAUAGACCUUUGGGUCUAAACCGUUGAGUAGAGCACGCUCAAGUUUGGCCCAGCAGUUAGUAGGUUGUUGAACAGGCGUUGUAAAGCUGGUGUGCUUACAUAUGGCAGUUAGGUUUUGCUUGUUCUCUUUAUAACCAAGCCUGCAAGAAUUACUUCUCUAUUCUGGGUGAAUGAAUAGUUCUACUGCUUGUGGAGCUGUCGAACUGAAAACUUAACAUUUAGUAAAGAUGGUGCUGGCUAAUCUGACUGGCUAAGCCGAAGCACCCGCAGAGCCAACGACCGGGUAUGUAGUGAUUUCACUCUUGUAGUGGCAGACAGCGUUGCCAUUACUUACACCGACUAUAGAAUUUACUGCUUCAUUUUUGUCCUGAAUUCGCCGUAGGCAACAUGUACUUGGAUUGUUUCGUAGUAAACUGGGCAAAUACUGCACUUAAAAGUAAUUGAACAAGAUCCUUCACCUAAUCUAAUGUUACCCCUCUUCACAAUUUGAGCGUGAAUCAGUUCUAGUAGAACCUGAAGAGCCAUUUAAAUCUGACCGCAUGAGUGAUGAAGCAUUCUUUGAUAUGCGUUAAACGCGUGCAGUGAAACAAAAAAGAAAAAAGAAAGAGAGAGAGAGAGAGAUUAAGGGGGAUUGCCAAACAUUCUUGCAACUGCUAGGCUGUGCGCAGAGGCGCCACAUACAGAUGAGAGGCGUACUGCAACGCAGUAGUGUGCUGCGAUAUGUUAUGCUUAUAAACGCACAUUCCUUGAAAGCGGUUACGAAAGCUUGUAGACAGAGGAUGCUUUUAAGGACACUUUCACUUGUUCAUGACGUAACAUCCUGCAGGAUGUCUCGCUUAAGCGACGCGCAUUGUAUGCAUGUAGACCAGAAGAAUUCUCAUGCGAGGUGUGACAUUUGUUUCGGGGCAUCUAUAUACGCUGCUUUCUGCAAUCUGCGCGUGAUGAAUACGAUAUACCCAUGAAAGGGAUCGAUGGAGGAAUGCGUCCCCAGAAUUACGUAAUAGACUGAUGGUGUGCUCUCGACGAAAACAGCAAUUCUUGAUGGUGCGUCGCCACUACUGAUGUUAAGCUUUCCAUAGAAAUAGCUUCCAGGAAAACCCAUUUUCGCCAAAUUUGUCCGAAAAUUGUGUGCCACACAAGUAAAGGCUCACCUCAGAAUAUCGCCGGCACUUUGCUUUCUGUCUGACAUAUUCGUAUUUUUUAUUGCUCGUCCAAACCGCACAUCAAGCACUGCGGUACUAAACAUUAUUUCUGCAUUCCUUUAUUUUUUCAUCCUAUUCUGCAAAUACGUCUCCAUGGAAUGUUGUGCAGUGUUAUUUUUAUAUGACCGUUGCAUCAAUAAAAUGAACCUUGCGCCAUA